CCUCGCCCGGCCCGGCCCGGCCCGGCCCAGCCCCAGGCAGCGCCGCGCGGGGAUUGUUUAGUUCUGGGGAAGCUGGUCGGCGUCCAGCGCUUGCUUUGAUCCUUUCAGAGAGAGAGAGAGAGAGAGAGAGAGAGAGAGAGAGAGAGAGCGCGAGAGAGAGACCUGGAGGCGCGGAGACAAGGCUCUAGGAAAAAGUUUUUUGGAUGGGAUUAUGCGGAAAGUACCCUGCCGUUCUCCGCUGCCCGAGCAGGCUCAGUGCUGCCUUCUCCCCCGCGGCGCAGCCUUCGGCCGGGGGUGUUGAGACAGCGGCGGGACCGGUCGCGGAGCUGCGAGUGCCCGGCGUGUGCGGUGCCGUCGCCCCCCCGGCAGCCCGAUGCUGCUCUUCGGCGUCCUCCUGCUGACAGCCCUGGCCGGGCCGGGCCCGCGGCGCGGGGCCCGGGCGGAGUCCAGCCUCAGCGCCAAGCUCCAGUUCGCCAGCGCCAAGGAGCACAACGGCGUACAAGAUCCCCAACAUGAGAAGAUUAUCACUGUGACAACUAACGGAAGUAUUCACAGCCCCAAGUUCCCACAUACAUACCCACGCAAUACUGUACUCGUGUGGAAAUUAGUAGCAGUAGAGGAGAAUGUGUGGAUACAGCUUACUUUUGAUGAAAGAUUUGGGCUUGAGGACCCAGAAGACGAUAUUUGCAAGUAUGACUUUGUAGAAGUUGAAGAACCUAGUGAUGGUACUAUUUUAGGGCGCUGGUGUGGUUCCAGUACUGUACCAAGCAAACAAAUCUCCAAAGGAAACCAGAUCAGGAUAAGAUUUGUAUCUGAUGAAUAUUUCCCUUCUGAACCUGGAUUCUGCAUUCAUUACAAUCUUCUUGUGCCACAUCAUUCAGAAACUCCAAGCCCAUCCAUUUUACCCCCAUCUGCCUUACCGCUGGAUUUACUAAACAAUGCCGUUGCUGGAUUUAGUACCGUAGAAGAACUCAUCCGAUAUCUUGAACCAGAUAGAUGGCAGCUGGAUUUGGAAGACCUAUACAGACCAACAUGGCAGCUUCUUGGAAAGGCAUAUAUUCAGGGAAGAAAAUCCAGAGUGGUAGACCUGAACCUUCUAAAGGAGGAGGUACGACUGUACAGCUGCACUCCUCGCAACUUCUCAGUGUCGCUAAGGGAGGAGCUAAAGCGAACUGAUACCAUCUUUUGGCCACUGUGUCUACUGGUUAAACGUUGUGGUGGAAACUGUGCCUGCUGUCAGCAUAAUUGCAAUGACUGCCAAUGCGUCCCAACAAAAGUCACCAAAAAAUACCAUGAGGUUCUUCAACUGAAGCCCAGGAGCGGCAUAAAGGGAUUGCAUAAAUCAUUGACAGAUGUACCCCUGGAACACCAUGAGGAGUGUGACUGUGUGUGUAAAGGGAAUACUGAAGGAUAAAUGUGACUAAAUGUGCUUGUUUCUUCCAAAGCACAUUCAAUCAAUGGCUAAUUCUGUUAUGGGGCUUGUGCAUUAUCUCCUUUAUAAUCUCAGUUGUAUGCUUUGGGAAUCUUCCAUCUUCAGGAUUUACAGUGAGUUCUAAAAAGAGGAAAAUUCAAACUGGGAUUAUAUGUUGUAUAACAGCUCUGACUGGAGGCCCAGUCAAAGGAUGGGAGAAAGGCAUCAAUAAGGGAUUUAAAAGAUAUAUAUAUAUUGUCUCUUUCAGUUGUCUCGACAUUACAUGGAUUUUAUAUUUAGGAGUAUAAAAAUUAGAAUUCUCACAUCAUGAAGACUUGACCCUGAUGGCUGUCUUACUUCUACAGCUUUAGUUACACCUGGCUUACAGUUGACAACAUCUGGAAUCUGUCUUUCUGUACUCAACAACCCAUGUGCUCUAAAUCAGAGUGUUCUGUGUCUUACCAACAUGGUUUAAAACAAAUUGCCUUGUUCUGAAUUAAACUUAAUUUGUCUAAUACUAGAAAAGACUGGAUUUUUCCAUACUCUUAAAACUCCUGCCUUUAAAAAAAAGCUGACUGGACAAUAAGUGUGAGCUAAGAAGGAGAACACUAAAAAGAACAAUGGCUUUAUUCUCACUACUAUGGCCUACAAUUUUUGUUUGUAUUUUUUAUUGUGUACAUUUUUAUACUCUCUUUUUGACAGUAUAUUUGCUUUUCUAAACUUGUUAAAUAUAUCUAUUUUUACCAAAGGUAUUUAAUAUUCUUUUUUAUUACAACCUAGAUCAACUAUUUUUUAGUUUUGUAAGAUGUUAAAGCCAGAGAUAUACAGUUGGAGGAUCAGAGAUGUGGUUACUAUGGCAAAGGAGCAUCUACUUCUACAUUGUAUGUUGUUAGACAGUGGAACAAAUCUGGGUUUGCACAUUGAAACAGAGAAAUGACAAAUAGAAAAAUGAUCGGUGGGGAUUAAACUUUAAGCUUGUUAGUUACAUGAGAUGGAACAUGUUGGAAUCGAACAUUACUAUAAAUGGUUUCCUCAGUAGCUUUCAAAAUUGAUCUCUAUAU